AUGCCCGGUCCUGUCCCGUCGCUGCGCCCUCUAGCGGAGAACAACUUCAGCCCGAUAUACAAACUUUUGGAGACAAGCCUCUUGGUUGUCAAGGCGACCGUAGAAAGAGCCAGGCGCCGACUUCUUUUCAUCCUAAACCCAAACAAAGGCUCCUGUUGUCUCUCCACAAUGCACGAAUGGGAGUUGCCAGAUUACGAGCCCUCACUUCCUGUUUCGGAGAAGUCGAACCCGCUGACGCGGGACAUUGACCGGGCUCCAGCCGACGGCAUUGUGAGGAUGUUGCAGAGCUGCGAUGCUGAGAUGUUUCGCGGAGAAACAGGAAGCACUUACCAGAUGCUCCUGGGUGACCAAAUGGUGAAAACCAUGAUGGAGUUAGCUGGGAAAGUGGAGCUCAUCCUCAAGGAACCACAGGACAGCAUUAUUGUUCUAAGUGGCUGUGGGACCUCAGGCCGACUGGCUUUCCUUGUGGCGUCGAGCUUCAACAGAGCACUCAAAGAGAUGCGCCACAGUGAGGUCUACUCAUACAUCAUUGCAGGAGGAGACAGAGCGCUGUUUUCCUCCCAAGAGGCUCCAGAAGACGACCCACAACUGGGCAUGCUCAGUCUGAAAAAGGUGUGUGAGGGGAAGAAGAGAGUCUUGUUCAUCGGUAUCUCCUGUGGCUUGUCGGCUCCGUUUGUGGCAGGACAGUUGGACUUCUGCCUCCAGCACCCGGACGUCUACACUCCUGUUCUGCUUGGUUUUAACCCUGCACAUCAGGCACGGAAUGAACUCAUACCAGGCUGCACAUUCACAUUUCUCAGCGUGGUCCAAAGAAUGCAGGCUCUUGCCAAAAGUGGGAAGUCCUUCCUCAUCAACCCAUCAGUUGGUCCGGAGGCCAUCAGUGGCUCUUCCAGGAUGAAAGGAGGAAGUGCGACUAAGAUGCUGCUGGAGGUCAUCCUGUGUGCCGCUCACGCUGCCGCUUUCUCACGUGCGUCCAUCACACACCAGGGCGUCCUGCAGCACCUGAGAGCCUAUGAGCAAACAGUGGAGGUCACAUACUCUCACCGUGACGCCGUCGCUGCUUUGGUGGCAGCAGCUGGGAAGAGUUUGCUGUGUGGGAAACGCGUGUGUUACCUGGGCUGGGGGAGCCUGGCUGUGCUGGCUCUCAUUGAUGCCAGUGAGUGUGAACCUACAUUUGGAGCAGCCUAUGAGGACAUCCAAGCGUUCAGAAGUGGAGGAUACAGAGGGCUGGACAACAACGAAGGCUCCUUGGCUUGGCAGGGAGCCCAGUUUGGCAUCGCGCAUGAAGAUUUUGUGCGUGGCGUCCUGCCCACGCUUGAUGACCAAGACACAGUCGUUCUCGUCUACGCACAGUCUGAUGACGUCAAGGAAGUGGCCGACGUGGCCCGCAAAGUGAGGCAGAAGAUGUCCAACCUCCAUGCGGUUCACCACCGGGCUGACGGAGACGAUCACACGUCACAGGAUGAAAUAAAGGGAUUGUGUGUUUCCACAUUAACAAUUUCUUGGCCAUCACCUUCUUCAGGAAAUCUACUGCAUAUGUGGGAGCUGUCCACCAAGCUGCUGCUGAAUGCUGUGAGCACGGGGGCGCACGUCUUAAAGGGGAAGAUUUACCAGAACCACAUGAUGGACGUGCAGGUCACAAACAGCAAACUUUACCGCCGAGCCACACGCUUGAUCCAGAAACUGUCGUCUCAUCCUGAGUGUCGCUGCCAGGAGGCUCUCCUUAAGGCCAUCUACCAGGUGGACCUGCUGACUCAGGACAUGACAGGUGGGCAGGUGAGCGCCCACACAGCCGCUGGAAGGCAAAGGAAAAAGGUGGUGCCUCUGGCCUUGCUCUCUCUGCUGACUGGGUUCUCUCUCAAGGAGGCGGAGUCUUGUCUGGAGCUGCAGCCAAUCAUACGGGACGCCGUAGGAGCCGCCAUGUCCAAGACACUCGUUUAGUUACAUAGCUCAUAAAAGUGAUUUUUUUACGCUUACAGUUUGUCAUCUUAACUUGCCAGAUAGAAGCCUCCCCACCACUAGUUGGCGUAGUGAACCCUGUAAGACCCGAACAAGGACAGAAGUGUAUAUUAAUAUAUUAAUUAUACGUAUAUCAAUUCAGUGAACAUCACCCACUUACCCUGCCAUACAGAGUUAGCUGGAAAAGCUAACAUGCUAACUUUGGCAAAAUUAGCUAAAAGGUUAACAUGCGAGCCUGAAACUGUUAAAAGUUAACAUGCGGGAAAUAUCAAUUUUUUUUACUGUAAAAUGAGCUAAAAAGCUAGCAUGCUAACGUUACCCUGCUAGUAGUUAGCAUGUGUGAAGUAGCAAUAAUAUUUGAUUCCUAGUUGUGUACAUGUAAAUCUUGCGAAAAUGCUAGUAUGCUAACAUGGCAACAGGCAACAAAAUAUUCGACUCUUGAUUGAUUGAUUGAAACUUUUAUUAGUAGAUUGCACAGUACAGUACAUAUUCCGUACAAUUGACCACAAAAUGGUAACACCCGGAUAAAUUUUUCAACUUGUUUAAGUCGGGGUCCACGUUAAUCAAUUCAUGGUACAAAUAUGAGGUGUAUACCAGCAAACAUGUGUGAAAAAGCCAAUAUUUACUAAUAUUAGCAUGCUAGCAUGAGAACAUUAGCAUGCUAUAGUAGUUGACUAACGUUAUCAAGGAGCAUUUUGACUUGGAACAGUUCAAUCGUUUGACAAACGUGAAAGUCAAAACACAUUUAAGUAGAAAAUUAGUGUUAUGGAAGUGACAAAAUAUUUGACUCUGAGGUGUAUACCUGCAAAAUUAGCUAAAAAGCUAACAUGCUAGUCUUAGCAUGUUAAAAGUCAACAUGCUAGUGGUAAU